UUUGGUGUUGUGAGUGUAAGGAGUGUGCCUGGAGUCUCGCAGCAGCAGCUCCCACUUGAGGAGUGACAACUUGGCGAUGGCGAGGGCUGUUCAUCUGCUCGCUCUUCAUUCCUGCCGCCUGUGCGGACAAAGGCGGCAGCCGCAACAGCGCUGAGUUCGCCAUCGCUCAUGCCCUUUCAGCGGCCGCGUAACUGGGACUAGCCCCGCCGACGAAAAUCCCACAUUAGUUAGAAUAGUCAAGGACGUUUCUGUAGUAGCUGAGAACCGGGGAACCGCAGCUACUUCGACCUUUCUCUGACGGGUGAGGAAAUCCAGCGCGCCACGCUGCGGCGCAGUUAUGUGGCCAUAUUUCGUUAAGGCGCUGGUAAAGUCACGUAGACCUGCGCGGCACUGAUGGUCAUGUUAGUCUACACGUCAUGCUUCUCCUCUGCUGAAGGCCGGGAGCUGACUUUGGAUGCGUUCGCCUCAGCUGUGGCAUUAUUUUCACACAUCAUCACCGAGUCCACGGCUGGUGCUGCGUGGAGCUGAGGAGUGGAAGUCGGAGCCAGAGACAAGCAAGUAAACUUCAGCGAGCUGGAGCCAGGGAGUGUGACAGUCAGCUCCAGGAACCGUCAAUGUGGACUUCAACUGGUCAUUUGACAAGUCACAUAUAGGAAUUCCAGCAUUUCUCCAGUCCCUUCUUCCCUUUCCUCCUCCUCUGUCCCUUCUUUCCCUCGUUUCAUUCUGCUCCCUGAUCCCUCUUUUGCCCUUCCUCAAAGAUUCACAAUGCUCAUCAAAGAGUACCGCAUACCCAUGCCCCUGAGUGUGGAGGAGUAUCGCAUUGCCCAGCUUUAUAUGAUCCAGAAAAAGAGCAGAGAAGAGAGCUGUGGUGAAGGUAGUGGGGUGGAGAUCUUGGAGAACAAACCCUACACAGAUGGACCAGGGGGAAAUGGACAGUACACCCACAAGGUUUUCCACAUUGGCAAGCACAUCCCGAGCUGGUUUCGCUCCAUCUUGCCCAAAGCAGCGCUACGAGUUGAAGAGGAGUCCUGGAACGCCUACCCUUACACUCGCACCAGAUACACCUGUCCCUUUGUGGAAAAGUUCUCCAUUGACAUUGAAACUUACUACAAGUCUGACACAGGCAACCAGUCUGAUGUCUUCAACAUGUCUGCAGCAGAGAAAAGGCAAACAACAAUUGACCCAAUUGACAUAGUGACAGAUCCCAUUCCCCCUCAUGAGUACAAGGUGGAGGAGGAUUUGCGCCUCUUCAAGUCAGUGAAGACCCAGAGAGGGCCGCUGAGAGACGACUGGAUAGAGGAGUACAACAACAACCCAGGAAAGACCCCCAUCAUGUGCGCUUACAAACUGUGCAAAGUGGAAUUCCGCUACUGGGGUAUGCAGUCAAAGAUUGAACGUUUCAUUCAUGAUGUUGGACUCAGGAAGGUGAUGGCCCGUGCCCACCGGCAGGCCUGGUGCUGGCAGGACGAGUGGUACGGUCUGACCAUCGAAGACAUCAGACAGCUGGAGCUGGAAACUCAGCUGGCCCUGGCCAGGAAGAUGGCACAGUUUAGCCAGGCAGAAGAAGCCACUGAAGCCAUGAGUGGAGGUCCCUCUACAGACAAAGACCAGGAGGUUAAAGAGGCCAUCAGCUCCAUCGAGGCAGAGGAGAUGGUCGUCAACACCGGGAGAGAGACUCUUCAGCCUAGAGGUGUGCUCACAAAGCAGUGGUCUGCCUCAUCCCGCUCAUCUCGCUCAUCUAAGAGAGGAGUGAGCCCAUCACGGCACAGCAUCUCAGAAUGGAGGAUGGAGAGCAUCGCACGAGAUUCUGAGGACAGCUCAGACGAGGAGUUCUUUGACGCUCAUGAGGAUCUGUCAGACGGCGAGGAGGUCUUUCCAAAGGAAAUCGUCAAGUGGAAUUCCAAUGACUUCAUGGACAAUAUUGACAGUGUGGACACAGAGGAAACUCCCGGUGAUCUGUAUAAAGAGAUGGCUGUAGAUUAUGACAGAGAUGCCAAUGAGGAGAGACUAGACGAGAUACGUUGCUCUGUUAGCGGCCGAGCCAAUAGCUCACCCAUUCCUACCAUCACAGUAACAAGGCACCAGCCAGAGAAUUUGUCACAGCAGUGCCUGCAGCCUUCCAAGAUUCAUGUUCUGAUCUUAGUCCUGCACGGAGGGAACAUCCUUGAUACAGGAGGAGGAGACCAGAACAGCAAGCAGGCAGACGUCAACACCAUUAGCACAGCUUUUGACACGGUCAUGCGCGUUCACUAUCCUGCUGCGUUGGGACGCAUCGCCAUCCGUUUGGUGCACUGCCCUGCCAUCUGUGCCGAGGCCUUUUCCCUGGUGUCCCAUCUGAGCCCGUACAGCUACGAUGAGGGAUGUCUGUCCAGCCAGGAUCAUAUCCCACUGGCAGCUCUGCCCCUCCUGGCCACCUCUGCUCCACAGUACCAGGAGGCCGUGGCCACUGUCAUGGUCAGAGCCAAUCAGGUGUAUUCUGAUUUCAUAAAGUCUUUGAAUGGCUCCAACUUCUCUGGCCAGGUUUGUCUCAUUGGGGAUUGUGUGGGAGGAAUCCUGGGAUUUGAUGCUCUCUGCAGCAGCAACCAGACGGUUAAUGAAAGUCAGAACAGCAGUCGCAGGGGCAGCGUGGUCAGUGUACAGGAUCAGGACCUUCUCUCCCCUGGAAUCAUUGUCAACAGUGGGCAUGGCUCAUCUUCUCCUACCCUGGAGGGCAGCCGCCAACUCAGUCGCAGCAACAUUGACAUCCCCCGGGCAGGCACCACUGACGACACCAAGAGACAAAUGCCACGCAAGAGAAGUGAUUCCUCCACUUAUGAACUGGACACCAUAAAACAACACCAGGCCUUUUUGACCAGCUUACACUCCAGUGUCUUGCGGAAUGAUGCCGCUUCUCGCAAGUCCAGUAGCAGCACCAUGCUGGAUGGAGGCUCCCUGGGGAAGUUUGACUUUGAGGUGUCCGACUUUUUCCUCUUUGGUUCACCACUGGGGUUGGUACUUGCACUAAGGAAGACAGUCAUUCCUAUGCUGGAUGUCCAACCAGCGCCAGUGAAUUGUUGAAUAAUGAGCUUGGGGUGGAGUUUAAUUCUUCAGAUGCUCUCCUAGAUUCUUGUAAAAUUCGUCUUGCUAAAUCCUUAAAAGAAAGGAAAGUGGACUACUUGUCAUAGUGAGACAGCACAACAGUGCACACAAGCAAAUGUGACCUCUGCUUUUAACCCAUCACUAAAGUGAACAGUGGGCAGCUUUAAGCGCCCGGGAAGCAGUGUGUGGGGACGGUGCCAUGCUCAGAGCACCUCAGUGGUAACUUGGCAGCUGGUGGACUCAAACCUGAAGCCUUCCGGACCCAAGUCCACUUCCUUAACCACUAAGAAAAGGAGAGGCAUAAUGGACUUCUGUGGGGGGGUUGGAAAGGAGAAAAGGAGGGGGAAAAAGGAAAAAAGAGGGGGAAACACUUGAAAGAAGGCAAAUCAGAGCAGGAAUUCUCAUUUAUUGUGUUUUUUAAUCUAUCAUGAAUCCAUAUACUAGUUUAAUUUGUGUUGUUUAUGUCAUGGAGUUAGUUACAUGCAAAUAAAAAAUUCAAUAUAUAGAAUUUGCAUCUGAAACCUACCACCCGGUGGAUGGAUGUGACAUUGUUUGGCCACUAUAUUUGUUUUGGUUUUUUGUUUUCAAGUAAUUAGCAGAGAAUUAGAGUUUCUUUUUUUAAGAACAAACCAGUUACAUAGAAAUGGUGAAUAUUUUAACAUAUUUUAAUUGUGUGUUAAAAUUUAACUAUAUGCAUAGAUAAUCAGAAAUGCCAACAUACAUAAAUGCAUAUAUACAUACACUACCGUUCAAAAGUUUGGGGUCACAGAAAUUUCCUUAUUUUUGAAAGAAAAGCACUGUUUUUUUCAAUGAAGAUAACUUUAAACUAAUCAGAAAUACACUUUAUACAUUGCUAAUGUGGUAAAUGACUAUUCUAGCUGCAAA